AUGCCGGCAAUUGAAAAGCUUUUGCAAAUGUUAUCACUGCAAGCGACAAAUGUUGAGAAGCUGCCCGAAGAUGACUUCAUGAUCCAUCUGCAUAAGUUCGAAUUGGUUGAUUUAGGUGAUCUAUUCUGCAUCACAAGCAAGUAUGAAAAUGUUGAGAACCCAGAACAUGUUAUAGAUAUUAUGGGUGUAGUUGAGGAUUUUGAAAAUGCAAAGCCUAUAAAAACAAUGUACGACGAGCGCAACAUUGCAAGGUACUCUCAUAAAUGGAAAUGGAGUGAAGAUAAACUUCUAAUUAGCGCAUGGUUGAAUGUAUCUACUGAUCCUAUAAUCGGUGCAGAUCAAAAAGGUGAAGCAUUUUGGGAUCGAAUUCGUCAGUAUUGUGAAGAAAGUAAUCCCGGGCUUAUCAAAAGAGGUGCUAUUGCUAUUAAAAAAAGAUGGCAACGAAUAAAUGAAGGAGCUCAAAAAUAUGGAUCUUGCUAUGAACAAGCCGAGCGAAGGGUGGGAAGUGGUUCGAACUUGGACAACAUAAUCGAAGCAGCUCAUGAUCUCCACAAAGCUAAAUACAAAAAGAAGUCAAAUUUUGAAUUACAUUGGAACGAGCUUCGGAGACAACCUAAGUGGAGAGCUCCAACUCCAAGUGGUGGAAGUGGAAAACGAACUAAAUUGAGUGAUUCUGGAGCUUAUUCAACAUCGGGAAAUGAUGAGACCAAUGAAAAUAUCGUGGAAUCUCCUGUUCGUCCUAAAGGUACAAAAGCAGCUAAGAAAGGAAAAGGAAAGGCAAAAACAAGAAAAGAUAUGCAAGAUGAAUAUGAAGAGUUGAAGGCCGAUAAUAUUAGGAAAUUAAAUCUAAUAGACAAAUUUAAUCAUGUCCGACAAAAGGAUAUUGAUUCACGUCUCUUAAUGGCCGAUACAACUAUUAUGACUGAUGCUCAACGGGAGAUUUAUGAUAAGAUGCUUGCUGAAGUGAAAUCAAGGAUGAUGUAG